UUCGCCUCAUACACGACCGGUGACGACCCGAGCGCGAGACACAGAAAGCAGCCGUGGCUCGCAAUGGCAUUCAGGCCGGAAGAGUUGGCGCUUGACGCACCACCCGUCAUCUUCGAGGCUGCCGGUCACAGCAGCGGCAACACACACACCACCCCAACAAAGGCAACAUGGCGACCCUUGUACCGCCACGAGUGUGCGUUUGGACCUCCGGUGUUUGACAGUGUCAUGGACAACUUGAUCCGAAAUCCAAACAUCAACUCGACAUGGCUCUUCCGUGCGGAUAUCCUGCACGACGCACAGGAUGGUCCCGCCAACCCGGCAACCCCAGCCGACGAGGCUGAUAGCCUGGCCUUCGUGGCCGACAUUCCCUCCUUUGUCGGGUUUGAGCUCCAGCGGCAUGUCAUCCGCAAGCUCAUACCAAGAAACACCCUCAGAGACAAGCCUCUUGACCAGACAUGCCUCAUCUACAAGAGCAACCCUGGUGGGGAGGCGGUUGAGCGGACUCUCGUCAUCUAUCUCCCGCAUGUAUCCACGCCCUCGGAUAUGCCCUUCUACCACCCAGUAGUCAAGGGCAUAGCAUUUGUUCACGAAUGGACGCCGGCAGAGUCCUGCGGGUCCAUCUCCCUCUCCUACCUCUUCUUUGACGAGCAGGACCGAACCGUUGACAAGCUCAUACGGACCGCUUUCCAGCUGCUCAUGGUCAUUCACAAGCACGGCAAGGGCCGGGUUCAGGGCUAUCAGAAGAGAGUCCAUCACGAUGUGUUGCUUCCUCAAGCGCGGGUGCAAGACACGUACACCAAGUUGAAACAAAAGCAUGCGAGAAGUCUCAUCAAGGGUUGGGCAGAGCAGACGGAUCCCGAAAAACACAUCUUUGAGGACAUUUGUAUCGCAGCUUUCAUGAUCGAGCUGUGGAAGGACAUGUAUGGCGAGGGACCGUUUCCUGGAUUCGUUGAUGUUGGCUGCGGGAAUGGGCUGCUCGUCCACAUUCUAAAUCAAGAAGGGUUUUCCGGUUGGGGCUUCGAUGCUAGGUCACGAACAGGCGGGUCCGGUGAUGGCUUUGACGAACAAAAGGCCCAUGAUGGCGUCUUUCCAAAAGGGACAUUUAUCAUCUCCAACCACGCCGACGAGCUGACGCCUUGGACUCCUAUCCUUGCGGCUGUCUCCGACUGUCCGUUCAUUUCUAUCCCUUGCUGCAGCCAUGAUCUCAGCGGAAAGCUGUUCCGAGCAUCGCCACCAAAGGACAAGACCAAGGCCGACUCGACCUACUCCUCGUUCGUGGGAUGGGUGUCAGAGAUAGCAGCUGAAUGCGGCUGGGAGGUUGAGCAGGAAAUGCUCCGGAUCCCAUCUACACGCAACGCAGCGAUCGUUGGACGUAAGCGGACUGGAGAUAUCUCUUCGGUCGAUAUCCCAGCCUUGGUGCACAAAUACGGCGGCACCGCUGGUUACUUCGAUGCUGUGGUUCGACUGAUGAAGCAGCCACCGUCAACCCACGAGCACGAAGCCAACGACACUGGCCCGUCGGUUGGGAAAAAAGUCAAAGGGCAAAAAGCCGAAACAAAAAACAGCAAAAGCCGGUUGAUAACAUUAAUCUAG